GCAAUUGCCUUACUGGGAUUUCCUUCUUCUCCUCCCGUUUUUUUCCCUUCAAAAUUUUGUUCUGUUUAUUUUAAAUCCAAUCGAAAGAAGAUGCAGCAGCAGCAAGGGCUAAAUCAGCAACAGCAAGCUAUGAUGCAACAAGCAUUGUACCACCAUCCCAGCUUCUUCACCAGUCCUCAGAUAGAGCCUAUUUUGAGUGGAAAUCUUCCUCCUAACUUUGAUGCAGCUACUUGCCGCAGUGUGUAUGUCGGAAAUAUUCACCCGCAGGUCUCCGAACCCCUUCUACAAGAAGUUUUCUCGAGUACUGGUCCUAUCGAAGGAUGCAAGCUUAUUAAGAAAGAUAAGUCAUCGUAUGGUUUCGUGGACUACUUUGAUCGUAGAUCAGCUUCCCUUGCUAUUGUGACUCUUAACGGAAGGCAUCUUUUCGGGCAACCUAUUAAAGUGAAUUGGGCAUAUGCUAGCAGUCAGAGGGAGGAUACAUCAGGUCAUCACAACAUUUUCGUCGGUGAUCUCAGCCCCGAAGUUACUGACGCUACAUUGUUCGCAUGCUUUUCUGUGUACUCCAGUUGUUCGGAUGCUAGGGUAAUGUGGGACCAAAAAACCGGGCGUUCAAGAGGUUUUGGUUUUGUUUCUUUUAGGAACCAACAGGAUGCCCAAAGUGCAAUAAAUGACUUAAAUGGGAAGUGGCUUGGAAGUAGACAGAUCCGAUGUAACUGGGCUGCAAAAGGUGCUAAUUCCAAUGAUGGCAACGCCAAAAGUGUUGUAGAGCUUACUAAUGGAGCUUCUGAAGGUCAAGAAAAAUCUAAUGAUGAUGCUCCGGAGAACAAUCCUCUGUAUACUACCGUUUAUGUGGGCAAUCUCGCUCCCGAGGUUACAUCGGCUGAUCUCCACAGUCAUUUCCACUCCCUUGGAGUGGGAACCAUCGAGGAUGUCCGUCUGCAACGAGAUAAAGGUUUCGGCUUUGUGAGAUACAGUUCGCAUGAAGCAGCAGCUCUUGCCAUACAGAUGGGAAAUGCCCAAAUUCUUUUCGGUAAACCAAUGAAGUGCUCAUGGGGUAGCAAACCUACGGUGCCAGGAACGAGCUCGGGCCCUCUUCCUCCACCGGCCACUGCACAUAUGUUGGGUGUAUCAGCCGCAAACCUUGCUGCUUACGGCGGUCAUGCCCACAUAAUGACCAUGAUGCAUCCACAGGGCAGCGGCGGAUACCAAAAUGUCGCGACGAGCCAGCAGCAUAUGUACUACCAGUAACUGAUGGGAUGCUCCUGUUGCCAUUGCCAGCAUCUACCGUUUUACAUUCUAGUUUUUCUACAUGUAUUGUAUGUGGUUAAUUUUGUUCAUUUCUUGAGAUAUUAUUUAAGACCGUUGGAUGUGUGACAACGUUGUCUAGAGCCGUUAAUUGUUGCGUUUAAAGAACUCAGUAGAGGUAUAAAAUUUUGCUUCCCUAUUUCCUG